CAAUUACUCCUUACAGAUUAUCUAGAAGGACGCAGCGAUCUCUGAUGACUAAUACCCGCCUCCGUUUGGCCGGGCUGGUGUCACUUUUGACAGUUUUUAAUUUUUAAUUUGCUCUCUUCUACGAUACUCCGGUUUUUCUUUUUCUUUUUCUUUUUUUUUUUUUUUUCUUUCUUUUUCUUUUUCUUUUUCUUUUUUUCUUUUUUUCCCCCUCUACUAAAAUGCGUGGUCAGGACGAUGAUAUCGCUUCAUAGCUCUAUACAUGUACACCAUCCUCUCACCGUAUACCAGCCCAAACCGGCUCCUAGUAGUGUAUAGGAGCGAACAACAACCCAGUUACACUAUAUUCAUCUCACUUUAACUCUCAAUAGCUUGCGAGAGCAAGCCGUUUGAUUCAAUCCUCCCCCUUUCCCCGUCGGAUCCCAUUCGCGCGGCCCUCAGGGCAGUGCGGGCUCACCAAUCCCGCAACGAUGUGGAUGUCAAAGUCCAACCGGAUGAUUCUCCUCCUUAUAAUCGAUUCUGCAUUCUUCCUCCUUGAACUCGGCGUUGGUUACUCCGUUCAUUCGCUAGCUUUGGUUGCGGAUUCCUUUCAUAUGCUCAAUGAUGUAUUAUCGCUGCUUGUCGGGCUAUGGGCUGUCAAAGUCGCCAACCAGAGAACGAGCUCGAAGGUGUAUACCUAUGGGUGGCAACGAGCAGAGACUCUAGGUGCCUUAGCCAAUGGCGUGUUCCUCGUAGCGUUGUGUGUGUCAAUCUUCCUGGAAGCCAUCCAACGAUUCGUCGAACCACAAGUGGUGAAUAACCCCAAACUCGUCUGUGUCGUUGGUUGUUUUGGUCUUUUAUCCAAUAUCUUUGGAUUGGUGCUUUUCCACGACCACUCGCAUGCCCACGGAGGACAUUCGCAUGGCCAUGGUGAUGGAAUGGCGGCUGUAGACGCGGCGGAGCAGGGCUACAUUCAGGAACCAGGCAGGGAGGUCUUGGCGGACGAGUCCGGAACCGUGGCCAGCGUAAUGCCAGAAAAUGUAAUAGCGAGCUGGUCUGCUGAAGAGCGGGCUGCUACGGAGAACAAUGCCGCCUCUAGUCCUGGGACGAGGUGGAGCGAAUCCAACAAUGCCAUCCACCGUCGCCGCAACUCUCGCCGGUUUAGCGCAUCAUUACAAAGACCUUUCCGCGAUUCGGAAGAUAUUCAAAUCCACCCCGCCAUUCUACGUCGAGAUAUCAUCGAAGCCAGUCGCUUUGACGAGCCGGGUUCUGAAUCAGACGUGGAAUAUCCUUCGAACGACACUCGUCCCUCGGAACGAACGAAUUUAUUAGACGACUACGACGGCACAUCAUACUCCCAGCCAAACGGUCAACAAACAACUGGCAAACCACCCAAGGACCCCAAGAACCACGACUUACAUGGCGGACACAAUCACGCCAAGCCGAAAACCCACGAAGGGAAGAAGGGCCAUUCCCACGGCGACCUAAACAUGCGAGGCGUCUUCCUUCACGUAGUCGGCGACGCGCUGGGAAACAUCGGCGUCAUCGCCUCCGCCCUCGUAAUCUGGCUCACCGACUACUCCUGGCGCUACUAUGUCGACCCAGGCAUCUCUCUCGUAAUCACCUUCAUAAUUCUCGCCUCCGCCAUCCCGCUCUGCAAAGCCGCGUCGCGAAUCCUCCUCCAAGCCGUCCCCGCCGACCUUAGCAUCGACCACAUCAUCGAAGACAUCCAAAGCCUUCCCGGCAUCAUCAGCUGCCACCACCUGCACGUCUGGCAGCUCAGCGAUACCAAUCUCGUCUGCUCGCUGCAUAUCCAAGUCAGCCAUGAUGUUAAGGGCGAAGGGUCGGAGCGAUACAUGGAGCUUGCGCGCCAUGUGCGUGGAUGUCUGCAUGCCUACGGUAUCCACUCGUCGACCAUCCAGCCGGAGUUCUAUCCUGAUAGUGACGAUGAUGCGACUGGCGGGGCGGGAGCAAUGACGUCGUGUUCUCCAAAUAAUGGAGGAGCUGGGCCUCGACAGCGCAGCCCAGGGGGGAAUUUUGUUGACCCUAACUGCCUCCUAGAAUGUGGGGUCGAGUGCCCGGAUGUACGACAGUGUUGUCCCCGUGGCAAAUGAUUUUUUUUUUCUUCAACUUAAUACGCAUGGGCUGUCUUCUUGUUUUUUGACAUAUUGGAUUGUUUUCUGGUGACUACAGCGUGCGGAUAACUUUUCAUUAGCAUACUUUUCAACUUGUUUUAUUUUUAUUUUUAAAAAUCUACUACUAGGUACCCAUUGAUUUUGAGUGACAUUCCCAGCCGAUUCAUUGACUCUGAUUGACAAAUCUACUGUAGUAUAGAUCUCUCUCCGAAGUCACCUCUAUACCCACAUCUGCUUGGUUUCGGUUCAGUGAAAAGCUUAUAUAUCAUCUCUAAUUUUAUGUUAUUUUAUAUUUCAUUAUAUUAUAUUGUAUGGUAUCGAUCCAUGAAGGUUAUGCCACCCCCGGUGGGGACCGAUCAAAAGUAUCCGAAAACCAAUACGGAGGUCAUUCAUAAACGAAACAAUCCCCACCGCGGAGAUUUGAUGCUGCUGGCCCGAGUCUGCCGACGCCCAGUAUAAAGUUCGCUUUCGGGAGCUCUAGAGGAUCGGCAGAGUACGUACUUCACUAGCCAAGCCGUUUCUUUGGAUAUCAGGCCUGCAAACAACUGCUCUGUCCUUUUACUUCUAAACUUCUUCUCUUUCUUUUGCAUUCAUAUCGUCUUCUUUUUCUUGUAAUUCUCCUUCUACUUUCCCUUCUCCAAUUUCUGCUACAUAUGUCGGAGAACAACAACAUAUGAAAGGCCCAUUAUCAAUUCACCAGAGGAACGGCAUGCCCCUGACACCUAGGAAGUCAAUCGUCAUUGAGUCUCUCAUAUGAUAGUAACGCUUACUACAUAAAGGCCCAUCCUCAUUACAGCUUGAGGAAUCGCUAGUUGCAACAGGGAUGGUUUCAUCCAAUCACUUAUCCGUCGUGCCUUGCCUAGAUACCUAAUAAGUUCUGCGAGCACGCAUGUCAUGGCAUUCCAUGACUACGGCGAACACUGGCUUAAGCCAUGAUUACUUCUACGGGCCCCUGCUAGCAGUAACGUGGAGAAUCAUCUAGAGACUGGGCAGCGUCCUUUACGCAGUAUAGCAUCAUCUCCACUGCUUAUUGACAGAAAGGCAUCUGGGCGCCACACUGCCCUUGCUGAGGGCGAGUGUCAGCAUGGAUAUUGGAGAACAAUCCAUCCCAGUUGCAAUCUCUAGACUGUUCACACAAGGGUUAUAUAACCUGCUUGGAAUCCCGUCCUCUUCCUCUGCUGGUCUCUACGCUCAUUACCCCUCAGCUCUCGGAUUCUUGAAAUCCAUCCAAGGCGGCACGGCACCUACCUCCCCCUCAACUUCUCUUACCUAGUAGCUGGGAAUACUUCAAGGCGGUGAUGGUGAUCAGAGCACUAUGUCAGCUAAUAUUAUUUGGUCUGGCAAGUGGGCAGGUUGUCCAACACCCACUUUUACGCACUGUCAAAGAGUUGUAUCCCAGAUUCAACCCAGUUCUACCACCUCCACAGAAAUACAGUUUGUCAAAAUGAACUACAGCUAAGAGUGAAUACUCCAAUCCUCUAUUUUCUUCUUCUUGUUGAGCUUUAUCUUAGGGGCUACUUGGUUUAAAAUACCAGAUUGGGGUGCCCGAUACGAUAGCUAAGGAUGGGUCUGAAUAGAAACGGUCCGUCCUUGAUGACUUAGAUAGAGAUAUGACGUUCCCCUCGAUGGA